AUGGCUGCCGCGGCGGGGGCAGCUGUGGCUGCGGCGGCGGCGACUGCGGGACAAGACGAGGACCCGCCGCUGCCAGGGCCGUCCCUAGGGCGGAGAGCGGUAUGCUCCCGACCUUACUUCGUCGUGCUGAUGGUGUUCGCGCAUCUCUACGUGCUCAACGUGUUGGGCUUGCUACUUUUCGUGCACAUCAGCUCCGACGAUGGAGAUCCCGAGCGGGGCAAAGAGUCUCCUCCUAGCCCCGCUCAAGACCCGCCUGCGUUGCCCUUCUCUCCGGGCGGCCCCAGCUCUCACGCCCUGCCUCGCCUGGAAGGCAUCAAGGUGGGCCAUAAACAGAAGGUGGAACUGGUUCCUAACAAAAUCCAUGUCAUGAAAACUCUUAGCCUGAAACCUCUUCUUUUUGAAAUUCCAGACUUUCUGAGUGAGGACGAAUGUAAACUAAUUAUCCACCUGGCACAACUAAAAGGGCUACAGAAAAGCCAAAUCCUGCCCACAGACGAUUAUGAGGAAGCAAUGGAAAUGAUAGAUAUCAGUCAGAUGGAUAUCUUCAACCUACUAGACCAUAACCAAGAUGGACAGCUGCAACUCAAGGAGGUGCUGACACACACCCGUCUAGGAAAUGGCAGGUGGAUGACCCCAGAGAGCAUCCGGGAGAUGUACGCUGCUGUGAAAGCGGAUCCAGAUGGCAAUGGAGUUCUGAGUUUGGAGGAGUUUAAACAGCUGAACAUCCGGGACUUCCACAAGUAUAUGGGAAGCCAAAAAGUAAAAAUGAGCGACCUAGUGCGGAAUAGCCAACACACCUGGCUGUAUCAAGGCGAGGGAGCACACCAGGUCAUGCGUUCCAUAAGGCAAAGGGUGAUUCAUUUAACUCGCCUUCCCCCAGAGAUUGUGGAGCACAGUGAACCCUUGCAAGUGGUGCAAUACAACCAGGGAGGACACUACCAUGCCCACAUGGACAGUGGACCAGUAUUCCCAGAGACUGCCUGCAGUCACACCAAACUGAUCACCAAUGAAACUGCUCCAUUUGAAACAUCAUGUCGUUAUGUGACAGUAUUGUUCUACCUAAACAAUGUGACUGGAGGAGGAGAGACUACCUUUCCUAUUGCUGACAACAGAACCUAUGAAGAGUUGUCUUUGAUCCAGAAUGAUGUUGACCUCCGUGAUACCCGUAAACACUGUGAUAAGGGAAACCUUCGUGUAAAACCCCUUCAAGGCACUGCUGUCUUCUGGUACAAUUACUUGUCGGAUGGGGAAGGCUGGGUUGGAGACCUAGAUGAAUAUUCCUUGCAUGGAGGUUGCUUGGUCACCGAAGGAACUAAGUGGAUUGCCAACAACUGGAUCAAUGUUGAUCCCAAUAAACGACGACAACUCCAAUUCCAACAGGAGAUGGCCCGAUACAUAAACACUGGGGAUGAGGACCAAAGCGAGUGGACAAUGGACAAAUCCUACAGCAAUGUACAUGUAGAACUGUAGUGCUUGGAGAUGCCCCUUCAUUGACUUGGAAGAAACAUUUUUGCACUAGCCAGUUCUAACCCUGUAAUCUCUUACCAUUCCCUGUCCCCACACAUCCCUGCAGCAUAUGCAAGUGGUGCUCCAGCCUGGCAUUUCUGACUAGACCGGGAGAGGCAAAGACUGCCUGGAUAGGUGUGUGGGGUCAUGGUUGUAGUCUGAAGGGAGAACCGGUACUCUGACAUGGUGGGGGAAAUGACAGCAGUUUGCUUUCUUGGGGAUGAUUGACAUUUGCAUCUCAUGGCUCUCUUUACCAGAUGAGGUUUUAAAUCUCUCCAUGGAAUGUGCAAGUCAGUUAGCUUUCAGGAUUUUAACUUUCCUUCAUCCUGGGCCAUUCGUUCCAAUGGAUUGCAGUUCUUUUUGUUCUCCUCUUGCUGGCUUUGUAGCUGCGCUCCCUGUGCCUGCCCCAUCCUCUUUUGGCAUCACAAAUCUCCCCUCUUCUGAGCAAGCAAACUUAGGUUGUACAGCUCAGGAGGUGGUUAGUAAUUGGCAAAGCCAAAUGACAGGAAGAUCUUACAUUAGUCAACUAACUUUUGAAAUUAUCUGCUGCUCAUUCUGUGUUACUCUUUAUGGAGUGGAGCUUUAAUUCCUAGCCCCUACAAAGCUCAGUUCACCAUCUCAGUUACAUGGUGAUAGAUGUCUCUGUGCUAUGGGACGGGCAGGGACUGAAGGUACUUGAGUCAUACUCGGUGGUUUCUGAUGUUCAUCGUGGAGAAGUUUUCUCAGGGUCGGACAUGGUUCUGAAGCCUUUUUUGUUGUGUUAAUUAUCAGGGAAAAAAGGGAAGUAUUCAAGAGUGCAAUAACAGCUGCGGUGCUGUAUUUUUUGAUAUUUUCACUUGAGUAACUUGAUUUGUGAUUUGAGUAACUUGAUCAGUUUGGUGUAAACCCAUUUUGUUGAAUGGUUUGUUGGCAGCCUUUGCCCUUCUGCCCUGUUUGUUGGCCCACCAAGGUAAUUUGAUUGGCCACUGUGUGAAACAGGAUGUUGGAUGAGAUGGACCACUGGUCUAAUGAAGUGGGUGCUUCUGAUGUACUUGGGGUUUUUGCCCAGAAAAUCUUUUGCUUACUUACUCCUUGGUUUACUCAAUCAUACUCUUCUCUGCAGAAGAGAUGUGUGCAAAUUUGAAAAAAACGAGUCUGUCAGUUACAACUAACUGAAAGGGCCUUUCCUGGUAUCUGAACCUGAUCCAUAAGCCAGCAUCUGUUCCCUUCCUCUUGUGUCAGCAUAAUCAGUAAGAAAGAGUGAAGGGAGCUGGAAAAGGUGACCAAGAAAGUGGAUCAGUGAGAAACAGAAGAUUCCUUUUGCAUCUUGUGCCAUAUGAGACUUCAAGCUGACAUAGAACAAAUCCAUUCCUAUUGAGAAAGCUGAGCUUAUUCAUGGCUUGCUUUUUAGACAGGGAAGAGGGCUUUCAGCUGCAAAAGAAAUCCUCAGAACAGUGUGUGAUCUUUAGGGCAAAAUGCAGGGUUUAAUAAUAGCUAUCACUACAGAGGAUUCGAGCUGUUUUGAUUUAGAUGAUGCAAAAUGUGUUGUCCCUUAGAUAACUGUACAAGCAUCUAGUUGCCAUGUAGUUCACCAGGAAGCACUUAUGUUUUGAUGCUAAAGUCAUCCAUUUUAAAAUGAUUGGUGUUCAGUCCUGAUAAGCAAAUGGAAGGUUUCCCUGUGCUCUUUUUUCCAUGUGAUACAACUGUUUCCUCCUGACACCUUGAAGCUUCUGAAUUAGAUGAAAUAGCUCUAAGUUGGCAUUUUUUGUGAUAGGAGUUCCAGCCAGAUGUUUUGUGGAAGCAAUUUCCCAGGCUGCAGAAAGUUGUCGCCCUCCCUUUCUGGUGGGAUUCUCAGAGGAAGAAAAAUGAUGUUGGUGUGAAAUGUCAGUUGUCAUGUACUGAGUCAGUUUAUCUUAGCAGUUGAACUCUCAUUCCAAGGUAUGAGUAGUGUGAUGCAUCCCUGGUUCUUAACGAAUUGCCUUAGCAGUGGCCUGUAUGGUUUGUGUCUCACCAAAGCAAACACAGUCCACUAGCCAUGUAGUGUGUUCUGGCAAGUGCUACACAGGCACACAUCCUGCAGUUUUUGCAGUCCCAUACGACAGAUGGAGGGGAAUCUCCUGACAGGGCUAUAACUUGAGAAGUUACACUAAGACAAAACCACUACAAAUAGAACAAUUAAUUGUAAUACAAAAAUAAAUAUAUAUAAUUUUAUAAUUCAGAUGUUCAGUGCUAAAGUGCAAAGUGUUCAAAGUGCUCAUACAAAUUCCUAUACAUAAUUGUACCUUGAUACUAUAAAUAUCCCAGAAACAAUAUACAAAACCAUGUUUACAGUAAUAUUACUUACAACAAUAUAAAAGUUCACAGUGGCCAUAAAGGACUUUCUGAAGAAGUUUUCCUUUUGUUGAACUACUCUUCUUAGAUAUUGCAGAUGCACCCGGAUAACCUGUUCUUCGCAAGACUGGAUCCAACAGAGGUAAGUAUUUACAUAAAAGUUCCAGCUUAAUUUGCACAAGUGUCACUCAUUUCCAAUUAAUUCACAUGUAGGCACAUCGGAAGGACACCAGGGGCUAGAUGCCUCCCGUGGCCCCACCCAACGACAAACUCAUUGCCAGCGAAGAAUACCAUUUUGCUUUAUAGCUUUGUCAAGGGCAAACAAUGAUGCUGAAACCUUUCAGUCCCUAAACUCCGCUGCGUGUAUUAAGGCGCUUUGCUUACUGACGGCUGUUUCCCAUUCUAUUUGAAAUGGCCAUCAGUAAGUGAAGCGCUUCGCUUACUGACAGUCAUUUCCUAUUCUAUUUGAAGCAGCAAUCAGUAACAAUGAAUUGUUCUAUUUGUAGCGGUUUUGUCUUAGUGUGACUUCUCAAGUUACAGUCCUGUUAGGGGGUUCUCCUCUGUGGUAUCGUGCUUUUCAGGGCAGCCUCUUUUUUGGUUUUUGGUCUCUUUUUUGGUUUUGUUUUUGUUUUUGCAAUCCCAGGCAAGCCAUAAAAACAGAUUUAUGAAGACCCUCACAAAUUGCAUUCAGCUUGGUGAAUCACAAGUUGUGCAAGCCUGCCUUAGUGUUAGCUGUGUGCUUUAUAAUUAGUUUGUAAGGCUUCUUGCCACUGCACAUUUCUCCCAUAUGAGGAGACCCCUGGCACCUUGAUUUUUUUAAAAAAAGGUCACUCCAGUUCUAAACAAUUUCAAUAUAACUUAUAUCCAUCUAUAUAUGCUUAGGAUUGCAGUCUUGCUGCAGUUUUUUUCAUCCGGAAAAAAAACUCCAGUACUUCCUCUUCUAAUAGGAUACUGUAGAAAUUAGUAGCCUAUUCAUUGAAUCUUUUUUGCUCUUCCAGUUGUGCCCUUGAUACGGAAAAUGCUGCCACUUAACAAGUGGCAAGUUCAAAGACUCCUUUAAAAAGCUGCUUAGUAACAGGAAUCUAGAUUCAGCCUAAAGGUCGUGUCCCAUUUAGUACAUCUCCAGUGCAAGGAGGUGGAACCCAUAGAACCCCCUACUGGACUAUCUAUUCUGAAGUAGGACCUUGUGGUCUUGUUUUGGAUGUGUGUGCCUGUGUGUCUGUGUUCUGGAGGGUUUGCUGUCCCCUUGCCUGUGGUAUAUCUACUAGCAGAGCCUAGUAUCUAAGGAUGUAGGAUUUUUGUAUGCUUUUGAGGCAACAUUAGUUGGGACUGUCUAUCCACCAGGAAAUGUGAUGUCACUUUAUUAAGAGCAUGGUCCACAAAAGCAAAAACUUCUCAUCCAAAAACUGGAGAGUGCUCCAGGUAGUUGCAUGGCCAGUGACUGCAUGGCCAGUUUGGCACCCAGGAAUGCACGGGAAUUGCAUUACACUGGAGAGAGCACAGCAGUGCACUCUGUGAAUCAUGUUUUUAAUUGGCCUCAAGGGCCAAACGUGUAUUCAAGCUUGAAUCUUGCUAACAGGCUAGUUUGAGCAACCUGAUAUUGCGGGUUGCAUGUAAAGGUAACUGGCCAGAUUUGGAUUUUGUAUUUCUGCGUGUUCCUUACACUUGUGUGAUUCCCAAUAAUUUAUUCUUAUUAUUUAAUAUUUAUUUAA